CGGCGGCGCCGCAGCGGAGCCGGAGCCGGCCCGGAGCGAGCGGAGCCGAGCGGAGCCAUGGCCGCGGGGCCGCCCGGCAGCCGCCGCCUCCUGCCGCUGCUGCUGCUGCUGGGGCCGGCGCUGGGGCCGGCGCUCGGCCAGGGCCUGGGGCAGACGCGCUUCAUCUGCACCUCGGUGCCGCUGGACGGGGACGUGUGCGCGGCCUCGGCGCUGGGCACCGGCUCGGCCGAGGAGCUGAAGGGCACCGUGCUGCAGCUGCGGGAGACGGUGCUGCAGCAGAAGGAGACCAUCAUGAACCAGAAGGAGACGAUCCGCGAGCUCACGGCCAAGCUGGGCCGCUGCGAGAGCCAGAGCGUGCUGGAGCUGCCCGGCGAGGGAAAGGGCAGGAAGGGCUUUUCCAAGAACACCAUGGGCGACCUGUCGCGGCCGGCCGCCGCCGAGACCCUCAGCCAGCUGGGGCAGACGCUGCAGUCCCUGAAAACCCGGUUGGAGAACCUGGAGCAGUUCAGCAGGAUGAACUCCUCCAGCCAGACCAACAACCUGAAGGACAUCCUGCAGAACAAGAUCGAUGACCUGGAGAAGCAGGUGCUGUCGCGGGUGAACAGCCUGGAGGAGGGCAAGCUCAGCCCCCGCAACGAGUCCGAGGAGCGCGGCAAGAUCGAGAGCACGCUCACCUCGCUGCACCAGCGCAUCAGCGACCUGGAGAAAGGCCAGAAGGACAACCGGCCCCCGGACAGGUUCCAGCUCACCUUCCCCCUGCGCACCAACUACAUGUACGCCAAGGUGAAGAAGAGCCUGCCCGAGAUGUACGCCUUCAGCAUCUGCAUGUGGAUCAAAUCCAGCGCCUCCCCCGGCAUGGGCACCCCCUUCUCCUACGCCGUGCCCGGGCAGGCCAACGAGCUGGUGCUCAUCGAGUGGGGCAACAACCCCAUGGAGAUCCUCAUCAAUGACAAGGUGGCCAAGCUGCCCUUUGCCAUCAACGACGGCAAGUGGCACCACAUCUGUGUCACCUGGACCACGCGGGACGGCGUGUGGGAAGCCUACCAGGACGGCACACAGACGGGCAACGGCGAGAACCUGGCCCCCUACCACCCCAUCAAGCCCCAGGGCGUCCUGGUCCUGGGCCAGGAGCAGGACACGCUGGGCGGAGGCUUCGACGCCACGCAGGCCUUCGUGGGGGAGCUGGCCCACUUCAACGUGUGGGACCGCAAGCAGCCGGGGGAGGUGUACGGCCUGGCCACCUGCAGCUCCAAGGCCCUCGCGGGCAACGUCAUCGCCUGGGCUGAGGCCAACAUCGACAUCUACGGCGGGGCCACCAAGUGGACUUUCGAGGCCUGUCGCCAGCUCAACUAGGGCCACGGACAAGCGAGAGAAACCUCCUCAGCGGAUUGCAGAAAUCACUCCCCAGGCCCCCUCCUGCCCCCCCAGGGCAGCCCUGGGCGGCAGCGGAGGAUGAGGCAGAGAAUUCACCCGGGG